AUGAUGUUCAUCACCGCCGCCCUCCUUGCCACCCUUGUUGGCUCCAACAGCGUCCCAGUCAAGAACACAACCAGCUUGGAAACACUCGACGCCAACUCCAACAUCACGACAGCCGCAAUCUCCACUACCGAAUCGCCUAGCAUCGUAUCCUGCGACAAGUACAUAGCCAAAGAAAAAGGCCACAAGUUCCUAAACGAUUGCUCAGCAUUCACCCGCAGGGUCCUCGAAUCCGCCGAGGAUAGCUUCGACUACCUACUGGAAGCGGGCGCCUGCGAUUGGUGGCAAGAAGCUUCAUGCGUGGCUCAGUUCUGUGCCCCCGACCUCAUCCCGUGGCAGCUCGACAUGUCGCAGGCCUACAACGCCGUCGCGGCCAUACGGGACAGGUGCCUCUUCUGGGGCGCCUCCACCGACCAGUACAGGGAGGGCGUGGCCUUUUUCGACGUCUGCGCCGGCACCACCCGUCCCUGCCGCUCUGCCAACGUCACGGUGACCUUUUAUGGCUGA